UAUUUGACUACCCAUUUAGGAUUUCCUAUUAGGGUUUAUUACUUAAUAGUGGAAAAGGAUGAAUAUGGACACUAUACAUUCCUAUCUUUCUCAUAGGAUCUAUAUAUAGGAUUUCAUAGGAAUCAUUCAAUCUCUGAAACACUCCUGAAUUCCUUAUUCACUCCAUUUGUUUACCAAUAUGACAAGGAAGAAGGUGAAUCUUGCUUAUAUUACCAACGAUUCGGCCCGAAAGGCGACGUUCAAGAAGAGAAAGAAGGGAUUGAUCAAAAAGGUUAGUGAGUUAAGCACUUUAUGUGGAAUUGAUGCUGCUGCUAUUGUUUACAGUCCUUAUGACUCGCAACCCGAGGUGUGGCCCUCACCCGGCGGUGUCCAGCAUGUUAUAUCGCAAUUCAGGAGGAUGCCGGAGAUGGAGCAGAGCAAAAAGAUGGUUAAUCAAGAGAGCUUCAUCCGCCAGAGGAUCGCCAAGGCGACCGAGCAGCUCAAGAAGCAGAGGAAAGAUAAUCGAGAGAAGGAAAUCACUCACGUCAUGUUCCAAGGCCUAACUGGACAAUCCCUAAACGGCUUGAACAUUUUAGACCUUAAUGAUCUAAACUGGCUCAUUGAACAGAAUCUCAAGGACAUCAACAAGGCUUUUGAGUCUGAUCACUCUCCUCCAGUCACUGCUGCACCAGCACCAGAACCUAUUGCUGCUCCUGCACCGGCAGUUAUGGCCAGCGCGACUACAGAUUUUGGGGAAAAUUUUGUAGAUCAAAAGCCAAUGACAACAUUAGGGCAUGAUCAAAUGAACAUGCAGAAGCUACCAUGGUCUAUGGACAUGGUGAAUCCUCAAGAUCAAACGGGGACAGGGAUGGGUACGGGGACGUGGUUUUCUGAUGAGAUGAUGGCACCAUUGCCUGCAGAUAACGUCCCUCGCAAUGCUUUCUGGGCAUAUAAUGGUUUCUUUCCUUGAGAAAGAAAAAGAAAAGAGAAUUAUGUCAAUGCCAUUGCUGCUACAUGCAGUAGUCCUAGCCCUAGUCCUAGUUGUUCCUAUCUUCAUCUUCUAGUAGUCCUUUUUUCUCCCAUCAAUCAAACACAAGUCAUGUUUGUUUAAGUUAUUAUU